AUGUCAUUCGCACCGCUCAGAACGACAGAUGCCGUUUUCUCGCAUGAGCACCGUCUCCCCCGCUAUUCCGUUGGAGCCCGAAAGACUACUCCAACAUCAAUCAGCUACACAGCAACAACUCGGACCAUACCGCAGAACAUCAAGUUAGUGGACAUAUCCAAGUACACUCAGCUUGCAGAGGAUUACAAGGACAAGGUCCUGGGAUCGAGUAUCAACCAGCACCUGGUCGCCGAGGGUGGCAGCGUCUUACAGAGGAACGCCGAGCAAGACAACGUGGUGCUUUUUCAUACCCAUAUUGCCCACCCGACUUUGGAGUGCCUCGCCCAUAUCAUAGAAUCGGACACCCAAGAUGUCAAAUGCACGUGGGAGCACCAAUUACGCCUUCCGUCCAUCCCCAAACCCCAGCCUGAUCCCGCCGUCGCCGCCGCCAGCGGCAAGGCCAAGAGCGACGCCAACAAGGCGACGACGAGUAACCGCAGCACCAGACCGACCAAGAGGAGACGGAUGUCGUCGCUAUCCAGUGUCCGAGUAAGCCCUGUUAGCAGGUCGCACGUCGAGGUUCGCCCGGACAUGAUUGUUGUCCUGGAUCCCGCAGACGCCCGAAAGAUCGAUCUCAAACACGCGAGUCUCGAGGCGAAAUCUCGGCAUCUCUCUCCCCCCCCCCCUCCGAUUGCCGUCUUUGACGACGAAGGUCUCAUGCUAGCGGAGGGUUCGACCGUAAAUACGCCGGAGGCGAUCAAGCUCGAUGUGGGAUCGAGCAAUCUCUCGAAGCAGGGGAUUUGCUAUUGCCUUACACACCGGGUCCGGGGUAUCGUGCUUUCGGAGUUUGGGAUCUCAUUUUUCCUGCGAUUCCCAAAUAUGCCACUCGACCUUCCUAUCAGAGAGCUCUGGGAACAUGGAGUUGGUGACGUGAUGGAAGUGGGCAUAUUGGAGGAAGGCGAUAGUGAGAAGAUGCGAGCUGCCUUCCUUGGCGCCAAUAUUGAGGCUUUGAAGGAUCUCCAGGAAACCGGCCGUUUCAACGUUGGGUUGUGA